CGUCAACAAAAAAUAUGACUACUGCUGUAUUGCAAAAGCCAGAGCAAAAAGUGGAUGAAAAAACAGGAACAUGGUCAGCGAUAUUUCCUAAUGAACAAGUAACUGAGGUACAGUCUGCACUGUUUGUGAAGAAACUACUUGCUGUGGCAGUUUCAAAUAUUGCUUACUUGAGAGCAAUCUUUCCUGAGAAUGCAUUUGGUGACAGGAGCCUGGAAGGUCUUAAUUUGAAGAUUUUAAAAGAUGAUAAAUUAUGUCCUGGUGCCAUUCAAGUAAUCAAGUGGAUGAAAGGGUGUUUUGAUGCAUUUGAUAAAAAAUAUCUCAAAAUGCUCAUGAUAGGGCUUUAUGUGGAUCCAGAAAACCCAGACACUGUGAUUGAGUCCUACACAUUUAAGUUCUCAUACGAGAAUGAAGGAGGCAUUGAUAUUUAUAGGAACAAUGAGAAGAUUUCUGGUGCCCAUUCGGAUACAGAGAUCAGGAAGGCGACCAUCCGCCUCCUGAGAACUAUUAUUCUGCUCACCCAGACUCUUGACUCUCUACCUGACAACAUCAUGAUGACCAUGAAGCUCUUGUAUUAUGAUGAUGUGACUCCUGAGGACUAUGAGCCUCCAGGUUUCAGAGCUGCAGACACUGACAACUUUUCCUUUGAAGAUGAGCCUAUGACAAUCAAAGUUGGAGAUGUUAACACAACAUCCAAACAAAGUAUUUUAAGUUGCUUCUUAAGCAAAAUUAUAAAAAGACCUUGUAUCAGUAAGUUCUUCAUGUACAAUGUGCAUUGUUAUAGUCUGAAGGUGCGAGUGAAGACAGACAAGAAACAGUUUGAAACAAAGAACUCGCAGGUAGAGGUAGAUGACACUGCCUCUAUUAAUACUGAGGUAGACACUGGCCUUGACACAGAUAUUGGUCAGGAACACAAGACUGUGCAAGAAGGAUCUCAGCCUGCCAGUGGUCCAUUGAAGAAAUUGAGCCAGCGACUGAAGGAACCACUCUGUAGCGCUGAUGUACCAACUGAGUCACCAGCCAAACCAGUUGAAAAUGCAGUGGACACCGUGAUGUCAGAAACAAGCCAAGCCACAGACACUGGGGAAGAAUUCAAAGUCAGAUGCCCUUGUGGAUGCAAUGAGGAUGAUGGCCUGAUGGUGGUGUGUGGUGUUUGCCGAUACUGGCAACAUGGAGUCUGCUUCCUUAUCCUGGAGGAAGAGGAUGCCCCCGAGCUUCACCUCUGUGAUGUCUGUGCAAGGGAAGAUAAAGAGGGACAGGAGCCAACAGAUCCCUACCUAACAAGCCUGUCUUCCCUGCAAGUGCAGGCCACAUGUCUGUGGCGUCGUACAUUGACGGCUUGUUUGGAGCUGGACAGGAUUGUGGCCCACUCUCUUGCCACAAGGCUGGGUGUAGAGGUGACAGUGGCACAGGGAUUGGUCAACAGGCUUAACAAAGAGGGAUUCCUUAAACCACCUACCAAACCUAAAAAACUUGGGCGAGUAGUUGAUAAAGAAAAGAUAAAAUGUGAAGGCCUUCCCAAGUACAUGAAAAAGCCAGAGAAGAAGACGUCUGAAGAUGUGGUAUUAGAACCAACAGAAACAGCUGAGGUGCAGAGAGAACCAGAACCUAUUCAAGUAGAUGAGAUGGAAACUCUAGCAGAGAAAACUGAGAGUUUGAAUCUUCAAAAUGAGACCAUGAGUAACAGACUGUCAAGAAGCAAAAGAAGGAACAAAACUGAAAAGGUCUCUGAGCCGAAGACUGAUAACAAAUCUACAGUUGCAUCCAAGCCUGAAGGAAAUAAAAAAGGAAGGGGCAGCCGCAAAAGAGCAUUUCCGAAAAACAACGAGGAUGCUGAGUUUGAGUUGUCUAGUACUCAGGAUGUGUGCGAAGAGGAACCAAAACGAAGGAAGAAAUCCAGUGUACCAACAAAUGCCAUAAGGGUGUAGUUGGAAAGAAGAUUCUUGCUGAAGCCGAUUCAUUUUCUCUCUUAUUUAUUAGUCUUGUUACUGUUGUGUUGGGAACAAAAUUGAGUUAACAUUUUCAAAUAGAUUAUAUCUCAUUAUAGCAACAAUGAAUACUGUGUUGUAAGUCAAGACAUGACAUUUAAGUUGCAUCAUUAUUUCAGAAGAAUUGAUUGGAUUAGAAAUCUUACAUAAUUUGAGUCUUGGGUUGUUACUCAAAUUGUGGAGUUUAUUUGAUUGUCUUUUAAGUGUCCAUUCCUGUUCUUGUUUUGUACUCUGUAUUUACAUACUGUUGGACUUUUCACCUGUAUAAUAAGUUCUAAAGAAGUACUGCAGGAUUUGCUUUAAUAAUGUUAUUACUGUUAAGUUUUAGUCUGUGUAUGAAUGUAGAGUGGCAACUUAUAACUGUGAUAUGCUUUUAUGUGAUGUGAUUGUUUUAUU